AACGUCGUCUCGGGGUAGAUAGGGCUGUUGCCUAGAGCUAGAUAAGAAAGGAGAAAAGCUCCCUUUAGCCACCCCGUCGUUAGAGAGGACGGGGAUAGGAAAGGAAAGAUAGGCAAAACAUAUGAGAAGUUGUUAGACCCCUGUAUAAGCAGGAGAAUACUAGAAAAACACUAUGGGACAAACAUCCUCUGCAGAAAGGAAACUGUUUAUUGAUAUCAUCACGUGUAUGCUCAAAAAAAGGGGAACCGCAGUGACUAGAAGCCAAGUAGCUCGGUUUUUACAUUUUGUUCAGGAACAAUGCCCCUGGUUCCCAGAGGGAGGCUCGGUUAAUUUGGACAUAUGGAAAGCUGUGGGAGAACAGCUACAAAAACAUUAUACUAGAUGUGGUCCUGAGGGGGUGCCUGUUGAUGCUUUUGCAUUAUGGAUGCUUAUCAGAGAUACUCUUGACCCAACUCCCGAUUCUGUUAAAGCAUUCCAAGUACUAGACAAUCCUGACUCUGACCCCACUUUAGAGGAGGAAGAAACACCUCUGCUUCAGAAACAUCCUUCUGUAGCAUCUACCCCUUCAGCCCCUCCCUUGGUUGGUCUAUCUAAUCCAAUCACGAAUGACACUCUGAGCCCGGAGGAGCAAGUCGAUCUAGAGGAGGAGGCUGCUAGAUAUCAUCAGGAUGAGGAUAUUGUUCUUCCUUUACAAAAGUUGCAAAUUGAGUCACAGCCUCCAAAGUAUGAGGUUAAAUCAUUGACCUUUACUCCUCGAAAUAGAGUACCUUUACCUCCCCCACCUCCUUCUCUGGCAGGAAAAUCAAAAAUCAAAGCAGCCUUAAAACAAGGCUUGUCUGAGGGAGACGUUACCCUCCCUUUGUGCUUUCCAGUACAUUAUAGCGGGGAAUUUGAUGAGGAUGCAGAAUGGACUCCUCUUUCUUAUAAAUUCCUCAAGGAGGUUAAAAAUGCCUGCAAAGAAUAUGGACCCCUGUCUCCAUAUACAUUGUCGUUAAUAGAUAUUCUGUCAACCAGCUGGAUGACUCCUUAUGAUUGGUAUCAGCUGGCAAAAACCUGCUUACCUGGGGGUAGUUUCUUGUUAUGGAAAAUGGAAAAGACCUGACCCAUUAAUCUCUUGUGGAAGAGGCUAUGCUUGUGUUUUCCUACAGGACAAAACUUCCCCUUUGUGGAUACCCGACAGACUCAUCAGACAUGUAAAACCCAAAAACCACCAAAAAUCCUCCAACACUUCCUCCCUCACUGCUCACAAACCUAACACCUCCCAUGACUCUUCUGAGAAAUCUGCCUCUUGAAAAUGCUCCAUCUACACCCCCACCUUCGCCUGUCUCUAGUUCCUCCUCUUCAUCUUCUACUCCACCCCCUCUCACUGACUUUAUACAACCCUCUACAAACCUCAACAACUCUUUAUCUCGAGACAAGGUGCGGUGGAGAAGCCGGAGACAUACUCCCUAUUCAAGAACCCAUCAAACCAUUGUGGCUGAGCCACCAACUUGGGGCCAACUCAAAAAACUUACUCAUCUGGCUCACACCUUAACCGUGGAUCAACAUAUUCCCGUAAAUGCGGGUACUCUUUUUGUGGCUAUGCUCGCUAUCAUUUCCUGCCAGAAUGAAAAUAUAAGACACUCUACCGCUCGUUCUUUUUUCGCCGAACUCUACCCCUCCUCUGGUAACCCUGUUCAUUGCUGAGGCUGGCCCCCGGCAACUGGCGCCCGAACAGGGACCUGAAGGUAAGCAACGUCGUCUCGGGGUAGAUAGGGCUGUUGCCUAGAGCUAGAUAAGAAAGGAGAAAAGCUCCCUUUAGCCACCCCGUCGUUAGAGAGGACGGGGAUAGGAAAGGAAAGAUAGGCAAAACAUAUGAGAAGUUGUUAGACCCCUGUAUAAGCAGGAGAAUACUAGAAAAACACUAUGGGACAAACAUCCUCUGCAGAAAGGAAACUGUUUAUUGAUAUCAUCACGUGUAUGCUCAAAAAAAGGGGAACCGCAGUGACUAGAAGCCAAGUAGCUCGGUUUUUACAUUUUGUUCAGGAACAAUGCCCCUGGUUCCCAGAGGGAGGCUCGGUUAAUUUGGACAUAUGGAAAGCUGUGGGAGAACAGCUACAAAAACAUUAUACUAGAUGUGGUCCUGAGGGGGUGCCUGUUGAUGCUUUUGCAUUAUGGAUGCUUAUCAGAGAUACUCUUGACCCAACUCCCGAUUCUGUUAAAGCAUUCCAAGUACUAGACAAUCCUGACUCUGACCCCACUUUAGAGGAGGAAGAAACACCUCUGCUUCAGAAACAUCCUUCUGUAGCAUCUACCCCUUCAGCCCCUCCCUUGGUUGGUCUAUCUAAUCCAAUCACGAAUGACACUCUGAGCCCGGAGGAGCAAGUCGAUCUAGAGGAGGAGGCUGCUAGAUAUCAUCAGGAUGAGGAUAUUGUUCUUCCUUUACAAAAGUUGCAAAUUGAGUCACAGCCUCCAAAGUAUGAGGUUAAAUCAUUGACCUUUACUCCUCGAAAUAGAGUACCUUUACCUCCCCCACCUCCUUCUCUGGCAGGAAAAUCAAAAAUCAAAGCAGCCUUAAAACAAGGCUUGUCUGAGGGAGACGUUACCCUCCCUUUGUGCUUUCCAGUACAUUAUAGCGGGGAAUUUGAUGAGGAUGCAGAAUGGACUCCUCUUUCUUAUAAAUUCCUCAAGGAGGUUAAAAAUGCCUGCAAAGAAUAUGGACCCCUGUCUCCAUAUACAUUGUCGUUAAUAGAUAUUCUGUCAACCAGCUGGAUGACUCCUUAUGAUUGGUAUCAGCUGGCAAAAACCUGCUUACCUGGGGGUAGUUUCUUGUUAUGGAAAAUGGAAAAGACCUGACCCAUUAAUCUCUUGUGGAAGAGGCUAUGCUUGUGUUUUCCUACAGGACAAAACUUCCCCUUUGUGGAUACCCGACAGACUCAUCAGACAUGUAAAACCCAAAAACCACCAAAAAUCCUCCAACACUUCCUCCCUCACUGCUCACAAACCUAACACCUCCCAUGACUCUUCUGAGAAAUCUGCCUCUUGAAAAUGCUCCAUCUACACCCCCACCUUCGCCUGUCUCUAGUUCCUCCUCUUCAUCUUCUACUCCACCCCCUCUCACUGACUUUAUACAACCCUCUACAAACCUCAACAACUCUUUAUCUCGAGACAAGGUGCGGUGGAGAAGCCGGAGACAUACUCCCUAUUCAAGAACCCAUCAAACCAUUGUGGCUGAGCCACCAACUUGGGGCCAACUCAAAAAACUUACUCAUCUGGCUCACACCUUAACCGUGGAUCAACAUAUUCCCGUAAAUGCGGGUACUCUUUUUGUGGCUAUGCUCGCUAUCAUUUCCUGCCAGAAUGAAAAUAUAAGACACUCUACCGCUCGUUCUUUUUUCGCCGAACUCUACCCCUCCUCUGGUAACCCUGUUCAUUGCUGAGGCUGGCCCCCGGCAACUGGCGCCCGAACAGGGACCUGAAGGUAAGCAACGUCGUCUCGGGGUAGAUAGGGCUGUUGCCUAGAGCUAGAUAAGAAAGGAGAAAAGCUCCCUUUAGCCACCCCGUCGUUAGAGAGGACGGGGAUAGGAAAGGAAAGAUAGGCAAAACAUAUGAGAAGUUGUUAGACCCCUGUAUAAGCAGGAGAAUACUAGAAAAACACUAUGGGACAAACAUCCUCUGCAGAAAGGAAACUGUUUAUUGAUAUCAUCACGUGUAUGCUCAAAAAAAGGGGAACCGCAGUGACUAGAAGCCAAGUAGCUCGGUUUUUACAUUUUGUUCAGGAACAAUGCCCCUGGUUCCCAGAGGGAGGCUCGGUUAAUUUGGACAUAUGGAAAGCUGUGGGAGAACAGCUACAAAAACAUUAUACUAGAUGUGGUCCUGAGGGGGUGCCUGUUGAUGCUUUUGCAUUAUGGAUGCUUAUCAGAGAUACUCUUGACCCAACUCCCGAUUCUGUUAAAGCAUUCCAAGUACUAGACAAUCCUGACUCUGACCCCACUUUAGAGGAGGAAGAAACACCUCUGCUUCAGAAACAUCCUUCUGUAGCAUCUAUCCCUUCAGCCCCUCCCUUGGUUGGUCUAUCUAAUCCAAUCACGAAUGACACUCUGAGCCCGGAGGAGCAAGUCGAUCUAGAGGAGGAGGCUGCUAGAUAUCAUCAGGAUGAGGAUAUUGUUCUUCCUUUACAAAAGUUGCAAAUUGAGUCACAGCCUCCAAAGUAUGAGGUUAAAUCAUUGACCUUUACUCCUCGAAAUAGAGUACCUUUACCUCCCCCACCUCCUUCUCUGGCAGGAAAAUCAAAAAUCAAAGCAGCCUUAAAACAAGGCUUGUCUGAGGGAGACGUUACCCUCCCUUUGUGCUUUCCAGUACAUUAUAGCGGGGAAUUUGAUGAGGAUGCAGAAUGGACUCCUCUUUCUUAUAAAUUCCUCAAGGAGGUUAAAAAUGCCUGCAAAGAAUAUGGACCCCUGUCUCCAUAUACAUUGUCGUUAAUAGAUAUUCUGUCAACCAGCUGGAUGACUCCUUAUGAUUGGUAUCAGCUGGCAAAAACCUGCUUACCUGGGGGUAGUUUCUUGUUAUGGAAAAUGGAAAAGACCUGACCCAUUAAUCUCUUGUGGAAGAGGCUAUGCUUGUGUUUUCCUACAGGACAAAACUUCCCCUUUGUGGAUACCCGACAGACUCAUCAGACAUGUAAAACCCAAAAACCACCAAAAAUCCUCCAACACUUCCUCCCUCACUGCUCACAAACCUAACACCUCCCAUGACUCUUCUGAGAAAUCUGCCUCUUGAAAAUGCUCCAUCUACACCCCCACCUUCGCCUGUCUCUAGUUCCUCCUCUUCAUCUUCUACUCCACCCCCUCUCACUGACUUUAUACAACCCUCUACAAACCUCAACAACUCUUUAUCUCGAGACAAGGUGCGGUGGAGAAGCCGGAGACAUACUCCCUAUUCAAGAACCCAUCAAACCAUUGUGGCUGAGCCACCAACUUGGGGCCAACUCAAAAAACUUACUCAUCUGGCUCACACCUUAACCGUGGAUCAACAUAUUCCCGUAAAUGCGGGUACUCUUUUUGUGGCUAUGCUCGCUAUCAUUUCCUGCCAGAAUGAAAAUAUAAGACACUCUACCGCUCGUUCUUUUUUCGCCGAACUCUACCCCUCCUCUGGUAACCCUGUUCAUUGCUGAGGCUGGCCCCCGGCAGAGUCCCACAUGAUUCUUAGGGUUUCUUCAUUUUUUUUCAUUCUUUUAUUUGAUUUUUUUUCAGCCAUGUUGGUGUUGAUUCCCUGGUCCUCCAGAUGUCGAGUCUGCUCCUCUGACUUCCUAGUGCGUUGUCUAAUUCUGUAAUUUUAUUGUUAAUCUUUUGGAUUUCUACAUGUUGUCUCUCUAUGGAUUCUUGCAACUUAUUAAUUUUUCCACUAU